CUCUCUCUCCCUCGAUCGCCUCCACUUAUGUAGGCGCUCUUAAACCAGAAAAUUUACGCACGGCAGUCAGUCGUUAACGGGCAGCCUGAUAUCGGUGUUCCUCCGUCUAUACUAGCUGGCUUAUCUCCUCCUUAAAGAGCAGGUAGAAGUGAGCAGAGCGGGAGAGAGAAGAAGACCGCGGGGGAGAAGAAAGAGAAGAAUGAUGAAAGGGGGGAGGAGAGCCGAUCAUUCCGGCUGCCCGCAUCUGCUGCUCUAGUGGAGGGUAGAGAGUAGAGAAAGAGGAGAUGGCACAACGCUUCAGCAUCCAAAACAAACGGGAGUGGUGCGCCACCGAGACCGGAGCCCCGGACCCACCCGAAGCAGCAUCCCACUCACAGCUCACCCAUCACGGCUCUUCCCCGCACGGCAACGCCUCAGCCUCGGUAAGAGAGGUUGGAUAAGCCCUAAGGAUGCAAGUUGUUUUCAAUCAGCUCUGUAGUUACCAGCUGUGCCCUCACAUUCCCCAGGGUGGCACAACCUAGGCAUUAAUCAUCACUCCCUCUGUCUCUGCAUGUGAUUCCUCUGUGAGGACUGGAAGGGGAGUACCUUGACUGCAUUUCCUCAAAGAAGACCUUUCUUCCCCAACAUCCGGCACUCCCUUUUCCACCUGCCAUGGUGACAUGACACACCCCUGAGUGGCUUUGCUCCUUUCUCGCACACAUAGACACUCUUUUGGGCUUCUGAAAUCCCUAAACUUGUGCAGACAUUCUCUAGGAUCCAGCAAACUAAAAAAGAUAUCUCCUUGGACACACAACACCUCCCCAUUCGCAAUGACGGUGGCUGUGCGAUUCCGUCGCCACUUACGUAGGCUCCUGCUCCUGCUGGCCUCCUGCUGUCUCCUCUCCCUCCUCCUCUCUGCCUACUUUCUGUUUACAAACUCCUCCCCUUCGAUGCCACUUGGACAAUCCCCCGAGCCCGCUUGCUCCCAGCCACUCUCCCCAUACCAUCAACUUCCAUACCCGUACCCCCCUAACCCACCUCACACACUUGUCCACACUGACCAGGUAGUGCUGGUGCUGGUAGAGUCCCAGUACUCCCAGCUGGGUCAGGACAUUGUGGCUAUAUUGGAGUCAGCACACUUUCAGUUUCGCAUGGAAAUUGCCUCAGGGAAGGGUGACCUUCCUCCGCUGACCGAGAAAGGCCGUGGCCGAUAUUCACUCAUCAUUUACGAAAAUCUUUUGAAGUAUGCACAUGCUGACACAUGGAACAGACAGCUGUUGCAUCAAUACUGUACUGAGUACAGAGUGGGCAUCAUAGGUUUCUACCGCUCCACUGAGAGCUCCCCAACUCUCCUCAAACUCCGUGGCCUCCCGCUUGUACUAAGGACCAACCAGGCACUUUGGGACUGCUGCGUGGUGUCUAGCUCGCCUCUCCUUCACCUGACCAAGCCUGGCACAGAUCGAGGGGCUUUACCUGGGGAGGACUGGACCUCCUUCUCCUUCAAUCACUCCACCUACCAGGCUGUGCUGCAUGCACGGGCCAAGGAGGGAGCAGGGGCAGGUAGUGGUGAUAAUCCAGGGCCUGGCUUUAGUUCAGGCCUCCAAGCCACUGUGGUGCAGGACAUGGGACUCUAUGACGGGGUAAGGAGGGUACUAUUUGGCCAGGGACUGGGCUACUGGCUCCAUAGACUCAUUCUGGUGGAUGCCAUCUCCUACCUCACAGACAGGAAGCUUACUUUGGGUCUCGACCGGCACAUACUGGUGGAUAUUGACGACAUCUUUGUGGGCAAGGAAGGGACACGCAUGAACGCCAAGGAUGUGAAGGCUCUUCUUGAUUCUCAAAAACAACUGCGUUCUCAGAUCUCAAACUUUACCUUCAACCUAGGCUUCUCUGGAAAGUUCUACCACACAGGAACGAUGGAGGAGGACGAGGGAGAUGAUUUACUGUUGAAGUACGUAGAUGAGUUCUGGUGGUUCCCCCACAUGUGGAGCCACAUGCAGCCUCACCUCUUCCACAACGAGUCCUCACUGCUGGAGCAGAUGGUCCUCAACAAGGAGUUUGCUCUGGAGCACAACAUCCCAGUGGACAUGGGCUACGCCGUGGCCCCUCACCACUCAGGUGUCUACCCUGUUCACCUGCAGCUGUACAAGGCUUGGAGACGUGUGUGGAACAUUCAGGUCACCAGCACUGAAGAGUACCCCCACCUCAAACCCGCCCGCUACCGCAAGGGCUUCACCCACAGCAACAUCAUGGUGCUGCCCCGCCAGACGUGUGGCUUGUUUACUCACACCAUCUACUAUAAGGAAUACCCUGGGGGACCUAAAGAACUGGACAAAAGCAUCAGUGGGGGAGAGCUGUUUCUCACUGUGCUUCUUAACCCGAUCAGUAUAUUUAUGACCCACCUGUCCAACUAUGGCAAUGAUCGACUGGGUCUUUACACAUUCGUCCACCUGGCUUCCUUCCUUCGCUCGUGGACAAACCUGAAACUCCACACACUCCCACCGCUGCAGCUUGCACACAAGUACUUUCAGCUUUUUCCUGAACAAAGGAACCCGCUCUGGCAGAACCCAUGCGAUGACAAACGACAUAAAGACAUCUGGUCUAAAGAGAAAACCUGUGACAGGUUACCCAGGUUUAUGGUCAUAGGCCCACAGAAAACAGGAACGACAGCACUUUAUCUCUUCCUACUCAUGCAUCCCUCCAUCUCCAGUAACUUCCCCAGUCAAAAGACUUAUGAGGAGGUACAGUUCUUCAACACUAAUAACUACCACAAAGGAAUUGACUGGUACAUGGAGUUUUUCCCCUUGCCUUCUAAUGUAACCACGGACUUCCUGUUUGAGAAGAGCGCUAACUACUUCCCCUCAGAAGAGUCCCCGCGGCGAGCUGCUGCCCUGCUGCCCAAGGCCAAGAUCAUCACUCUGCUCAUCAACCCCUCUGACAGGGCCUACAGUUGGUAUCAGCAUCAAAGAGCUCACGAGGACCACGCAGCCCUGCGGUUUACCUUCUAUGAUGUCAUCAGUGCAAGACCUGGAGCACCGGCCGAGCUCCGCUCCCUGCAGAGCCGCUGUCUCAUUCCCGGUCUCUACUCCUCACACCUUGAGAGGUGGCUCACUUACUACCCUGCCAACCAGGUGAUGAUCAUAGAUGGCCAUCAGCUGAGAACUGACCCUGCAGCAGUAAUGGAUGAAGUCCAGAAGUUCCUAGGUGUCACUCCUCAUUUCAACUACUCCCAGGCCCUUACGUUUGACCCUCAGAAGGGCUUUUGGUGCCAGCUUCUUGAGGGAGGAAAGACAAAAUGUUUGGGAAAGAGCAAAGGGAGAAAGUACCCUCCUAUGGAGCCAGAGGCACAUGCAUAUCUCUCCAGGUACUACAAGGAACACAAUGUGGAGCUUUCAAAGCUCCUACAUCGCCUUGGUCAGCCCCUUCCCUCCUGGCUGCGAGAGGAGCUGCAGAAGGUUAGAUAACCUUUGCAUCCAUGAACCAGGGUUAAAAGUCAAGUGGUCGAAGACCAGGAAGUGACCACGAGCACCUGACCUUCAUAUCAGAUGCACUGUCUGUGGCCUGUUAGUGAACCCUGAGGUGAAGGUAAGGACGGGGUGCCUCUUUUCACCUAGGAGCUGUGACACUGCUGGAAGAGGCAGAUGUCAUAAAAAGCUAAGAAGCAUUAAACUUUGGAGCGCUUAAACUGAACUCUUGGAAGGACGAAAGGAUGGAUGGAUGGAUGGAAUCAGAGUUUCAGGUGACUCUGACAGCUCUGUCUAAAGUGGGACAAAAAGAAAGAGCCACAUUAUAAGGAUGACGAGAACUAUGGGAGAAAAGGAGUAUUUGGCAAGUCUUUCAUGCCCAAACUCAGUUCUGAACUGUGGGGAUCUCUCGUGCAGACCUGUAUUGACUGUGAGGGUUAUUACUUUUUGUUUUAUUUUCACCUUUAAUUUAUGAUGCCAGAACAGCGCUGGUCAGCUGUGCGUGGUUCCCUUAGAGAUGACUUUGCACUAAGUUCUGUUCUGAUCUCCAAGACAAAAAAAAAUAAAAUAAAAAAAUAUAGCAUCCUAUGUGGUUUUGUUAACUAUUUUUUUAGUUUUCUUUUGGCACAAUGAGAGUGAAUAAGAAGGGAAGAUAAGUGCAUAGACUCAGGGUGAGUGACAGGCUGUUGCUUUCUAUGGUAGCUUCUCAUUGUUUUGUAAGUUAAUUUUUAUGAAGUGAAGCUAGUUUCUGGUAGAUCUGGUAGACUUGUACACAUCUAGAGAAGUCACUGGAAAUUACGGACUGGAAAUGAUUCACAGAAGCAAGAUGCAUUCCCUGCUCAUUAUUUUCCUUUGACAAGCCAUGCAGAAGAGCGCCGGGUCCAUUUAGCAGAGCAUGAGUGCUGAUGAUCCAGCUCUGAGGGGACAUGAGUUUGUGGUAAGAAAACUGACCAAAAUGAGCCUAAUGCAUACGACACCUAAUUCCUACUCCUUAAGUAGCUACUGUAACUGCAGACAGUUUUUGUUUUGUUUUGUCAGUGUCUCAUUUAAGUCUCAACCUCCUUUCUAUUUUCAUUUUUAAAACCAGUGGCCUACGUUGUUAAGCUUCAAAUUGAAUGCAAAAAUAAACUCAAUGUCAAACACAAAAACCAAAAUUAAAGAAAUGAGUACAACUGACA